CCGUCGGCGCCUCUUAAAGGGGAAGCCGCCCUUUCGGGGCGACGUUUGCCCGCCAAAAAGUUCUCCGAGGCUCCUCCCCUUUAAGGGGUUCAAAAUGGAAGCAGCCUCUCUGAGGAAAGUUUUGGCCCGCAAGGCCCGGGCCGGAAGUGAGGCCUGCGUACGGGGAGACUUCCGGCGGGCGGCGUCGCUCUUCGGCGAGGCCUUGGAGGCGGACCCGGACAACUGUGCGUUGCUUAGCAACCGCUCGGCGGCGCAUCUGCGCAUGCGCGACUAUGCAGGCGCGCUCGCCGAUGCCCAGCGCGCCUGCGCCAUCAACCCCAAGUGGGCCAAGGCCUACUUCCGCCAGGGGGUGGCGCUGCAGUACCUGGGGCGUCACGGGGACGCGCUGGCGGCCUUUGCCUCGGGUCUGGCCCAGGACCCCAAGAGCCUCCAGCUCCUCCUUGGCAUCACCGAGGCCGCCCUCAAGUCCCCCCUCCGAGAGUCCCUGGAGCCGACCUAUGCGCAGCUGCAGCGGAUGGGCCUGGACAAGAGCGCCUUCGUGGUGGUCUCGGUGAUCGGCCAGGAGCUGCUGACCUCGGGGCAGGCGGGGGCGUCCGUGGUGGUCCUCGAGGCCGCCCUCCAGGUCGGGACCGCCUCCCUCCGCCUCCGCGGGUCCGUCCUCUCCGCCCUGGCCGCCGCCCACUGGGCCCUCGGCCAAUCCGAGCGCAGCCAGCACUACAUGCUCCAGGACCUGCACACCGCCAAGGCCCUCGGUGACCAGAUGGGCGAGUGCCGUGCCUAUGGCAACUUAGGCUCCGCCUCCUUCUCCAAAGGCAAUUACCGCGAGGCCCUGACGAACCACCGGCAGCAAUUAAUGCUGGCCAUGAAGCUCAAGGACCGGGAGAGCGCCUCGUCGGCCCUGACCAGCCUGGGCCACGUGUACACGUCCAUCGGGGACUUCCCCAACGCGCUCUCCAGCCACAAGCAGUGCGUCCUGCUGGCCCGCCAGGGACCCCCCUCCCCGGCCGGGCGCCUGACCGAGGCCCGCGAGCUGGGCAACAUGGGCGCCGUCUACAUCGCCAUGGGGGACUUCCAGGAGGCCGUCCGCUGCCACGAGGAGCACCUCCGCCUGGCCAAGGAGCUCGCCGACCCCAAGGAGGAAGCCCGUGCGUACAGCAACCUGGGGAGCGCGUACCACUUCCGGCGCCAGUUUGACCGGGCGAUGUCGUUCCACAACCGAGUCCUGGAGCUGGCCACGCAGUCCGGGGACAAGGCCAUGGAGAUGCGCGCCUUUGCCGGCCUCGGCCACGCCGCCCGCGGGCUCCACCACCUUGACCGCGCCCUCGACUUCCACCAGAAGCAGGCCCAGGCCGCUGAGGAACUUCACGACCGCGCCGCCCAAGGAAGGGCCACCUCCAACCUGGGCAUCCUGCACCAGCUGCAGGGGGACUUCCAGGGGGCGCUGCGCUUGCACCAGGCGCACUUGGCCAUCGCGCAGGAGCUCUCGGACUACGCGGCGCAGGGCCGGGCCUUCGGCAACAUGGGCAACGCGUACAGCGCCCUCGGCCGGUUCGAGGAGGCGCUGCGCUUCCACCGCCAGGAGCUCCAGAUCUCCCUCGAGGUGGCCGACCGCCCCUCCCAGGCCGCCACCCACGGCAACAUGGCCGUCGCCUACCAGGCCCUGGGCGCCUUCGACCGCGCCCUCCAGCACUACCGCCACCACCUCACCAUCGCCCGCGAGAUGCGCGACGCCCACAGCGAGUCCCGCGCGUUGGCAAAUCUCGGAAACUUUUAUUGCUCGCGGAACGAAUUCUCGGAGGCCGUGCCGUAUUACGAGUCGUACUUACGUUUGGCGCCCGACCUGCAGGACCUGGAGGGCGAGGGGAAGAUCUGCCACAACCUCGCCUACGCGCACUACGCGCUCGGGAAUUACGCCGACGCCGUGAAAUAUUACGAGAUGGAUCUCGGGUUGGCGAAGGAUCUGGACGACUCGUUGAGCCAAGCGAAGGCGUAUUGUAAUUUGGGUCUGGCGUACAAGGCGUUGCGCAACGACAACAAGGCGGAGGAGUGCCAGAAGCACUUCCUGUCGCUCUCGCUCGGCAACGCGACCGCCAAAUUCCGCGCGCUGGGCAACCUCGGCGACAUCGCCAUGGACAGAAAGGACUAUCAUUCCGCCAUCAAGCUCUACGAGGAGCAGCUCGACGUCGCGAUCCAAGAUGGCCGCCGCUGCCUCGAGGCCGCCGCCUACGCCGCGCUGGGGUCGGCGUACCGCGCGUUGAAGGAGUACGACAAGGCCAUGGGCUACUUCACCCGGGAACUGGAGGCGUAUCAGGAAGCGUCUGACGCGGCCGGGGAGUGUCGCGCGGAGGCGCAUCUCGCCUCUGUUUACGUGGCGCUCGGGAAGUACAACAUGGCGUUCAAGUGCUACGAGGCGCAGCUGGAGCUGGCGCGCGGGCUGCAGGACCCGGAAGCGGAGUCCCGCGCGUACGGCAACAUGGGCAUCGCCCGGAUGAACGCAGGGGCGCACGAGGAGGCAGUGGGGUUCUUCGAGAGGCAGCUGGCGGCCCUGCAGCAGAGCGCCGGAGCCCAGGCCACGCUGGACCGGGGCCGGGCGCACGGGCACCUCGGGGACUGCUACAUGGCCCUUGGGGACUUCGAGGAGGCCGCCCGGAACUACGAGAAGCACCUCUCCGCCGGGCAAGCCCUGCAGCGCAACGACGAGCAGGAGAAGGCCUACCGCGGGCUGGGCGCCGCACACAGGUCCCUGGGGAGCCUGUCUCAGUCGCUGGUGUGCCUGGAGAAGCGGCUGGUGUGCGCCUUCGAGGGGGGCUCCGGCGGGGGUCCGGGGUCCCGGGCGGAGGCCUUUGGGGACCUGGGCCGGGCGCACGGGCUGCUGGGCAACCUGGAGGCGGCCUCCUCGUGCCUGGAGCGGGCGGCGGGGCUGUGGCGGGAGCGGGGGGACCGGGCGGCGGCGGGGGAGGCCUCGCGGGCGCUGGGGGCGCUGGCCCGGCGGCGGGGGGACGCGCGGGGGGCGCUGGCGCUGUGCGGGGCGGGUCUGGCGGCGGCGGAGGAGGCGGGGGACGCGGGGGCGGCGGGGCGGGCGUACGCGGAGCUGGGCCUGGCCCACGAGGCCCUGGGGGACCUGCCCCGCGCCCUCCAGGCCCACGAGCAGAGGCUCAGCCUGGCCGCCCAGACCGGGGACCUCCCCGCCAAGGCCGACGCCUACGCCGCCCUCGGACGCGCCCACCACGCCCUCCGCAACCACGCCCAGGCCGUCAUGUACCUCCAGGAAGGCCUUCGCCUGGCGGAGCAGCUGUGCCUGCGGGAGGACGAGGCCCGGAUCCGGCACGGCCUGGGCCUCUCCCUCUGGGCCAGCGGGAACCUCGAGGAGGCCCAGCACCAGCUGUACGGGGCGUGCGGGCUCUUUGAGGGCAUCCGGCGGGGCUCCUCCGGCCUGAGCAGCGACUUCCGGGACUCCCUCUUCGGCCUCCAGGCCUCCUCCUACCGCGCCCUCCAACGCGUCCUCGUCGCCCGAGGCCUGACGGCGGAGGCGCUGGGGGUGGCGGAGCGCGGCCGGACGCGGGCCUUUGCGGACCUCCUCCUGGAGCGCCAGGGGGCGGGGCCUCAGGAGGAAGGGGCGGGGCCAGCGGCGGAAGGGGCGGGGCCUCCGGAGGCCGCGGCCACGGAGGGCGUCCUGGAGGCGGUCAGCGGCCAGAGGGGGCUCGUCCUCUACUUCUCCCUGGCCGGAGGGACACUCUACUCCUGGCUCAUCGCCCCCGGAGAAGUUUCCUUCAUCAUACCCUGCCAGUUUGACCUAGGUACUUCUGUAAACAGAAGCAGAAUCAACAAACAAAGUAAACAUUCUACUAUGCCAAGGGGAGAAAUCGAUAGGUAUAUUCCUUGUGGAAAUAUACAGAACACAGCUUUUCAGCAUCUUUUGAACCAAGGGAUCCUGAAGUUCAACGCCUGCUUCCUGGAGGAGGAAGGGGAGGAGCUUCCGGAAGGCCGCGCCCCUUCCUCCUCCACGUUGGAGCAGCUCAUCGCCGGCGCCCGGAAGGAACUCGGAGUGGACGCCAGACCGUCCUUCGCGCAGCGGUCAGUCGAUACAGAGAGCGAGUCGGAAAUGGGCAGCCGACCUUCCACCCCGAUGGCGACCUCUGACCCCAAUGACUUCCUCCGGAUGGUCAGCCGGAACAACCUCCUCAACAGGAAUGGCCAGAGCCUGAGCAGCCUUUGCAGCAGCAGCAGCAGCAGCAACAGCAGCAGCCCCGUCUGUCCGUCAAAGGAAGGGGCGGGAACUUCCUCUCUGCCCCGCAGGAACCCGUCUGGCCCCAAGGUCCCGCCCCUCCGCGCUCUCUAUGAUCUCCUCAUCGCCCCCAUGGAAGGGGGCCUGAUGCCGUCUUGCGGUCAGUUCCAGCGACACUUGACCCUUGUCCUGGAGGGCGACCUCUUCCUGGUGCCCUUUGCCCUCCUGAAAGGAAGUGCUUCUAACGAGUUCCUCUACGAGCGCUUCACCCUCAUCGCCGUCCCCUCCAUCCACGCCCUUACCAACAACAAGAAGGCGGCCCCACCGCCGUGCUCCCCAUCGUCCGUGCUGGUGGUGGCCAAUCCGUCCCUCCCGCCGUCCGUGCGGACGCAGUGGCUGUGGGGCCCGAUGCCGGCGGCCGAGGCGGAGGCGCUGACCGUGGCCGAGACCCUGGGCUGCCCGGCGCUGACCGGCGCGGCCGCCACGAAGGAGCGCGUCACGGCCGCCAUGCCCGCCGCCGAGUGCCUCCACUUUGCGACUCACGUAUCUUGGAAACUCUCCGCCGUUGUCCUGGCCCCGGAGGGCGGGGAGGGCGCCGAGGGCGAGGUCCCGACGCACGACUUCCUGCUGACGGCGGCCGACGUCCUGGCGCUGAGGCUGCGGGCCAAGCUGGUGGUGCUGGGCUGCUGGCCGGAGUCGCCCGCCGGACAACUGACCGCCGACGGGCUGGUCGCCCUCAGCCGGGCCUUCCUGGCCGCCGGGGCCCAGUGCGUCCUCGUCCAGCUCUGGCCCGUCCCCGCCGAGGCCUCCGCCGCCUUCGCCGCCGGAUUCUACGGGGCCCUGGCCGGGGGUGGAGUGGCCCGCGGAGGAGGAGGAGGGGGUGGAGUGGCCGUCAGCGCCGCCCUGGUCGAGGGCAUCAAGGCCGUCCAGCGGAGGCAGACCAAGGGGAGCGACCACCCGGCACAGUGGGCAGGCUUCACCCUGAUUGGGCGUGACGUGAAGCUGAGCAGCCCCUCGUCCCUGAUUGGCCAGGCCUUGAGGGAGAUCCUGCAGCACCCGGACAGGGCCCGCGACGCCCUGAGGGUCCUCCUCCACCUGGUGGAGAAGUCCCUGCAGCGCAUCCAGGGGGGCCAGCAGAACGCGAUGUACACGUCCCAGAGCAGCGUGGCCAAGAAGGUGGGCGGGGUCCCCGGGUGGGAGGCCCUGCUCAGCGCGGUGGGCUUCCGCCUCGACCCCGGCGGGCCCUCCCCCACUUCCACUUCCUGCUCGGAGGGAGGGAAGAGGAAGGAAGCGGCCUCCUCCCUGCCGGCCGCCGUCUUCUUCCCCACCAAGGACCCCGGGGACCGGCUCCAGCAGUGCAGCAGCACCCUCCAGGCACUCCUGGGGCUCCCUGUGUCGGCCUUGCAGGCUCUGUGCAAACUCACCUCGGCCUCCGAAGCCGGAGAGCAGCUCAUCAGCCAGGCUGUGAGGAAUAUGGUGGGAAUGCUCCACCAGGUGCUGGUCCACUUCCAGGUCGGGGAGAAGGACCCGGAGGCCAUUUCCUCUUCCUGUACUUCCACUUCCUCUUCCACAUCCUCCUUCCAGGUCGCCAUCAGCGUCCAAUUAUGGCGACUUCCCGGUUGCCACGAGUUCCUGGCCGCCCUCGGCUUCGACUUGUGCGAAGUGGGUCAGGAAGAGGUCAUCUUGAAGACGGGCAAGCAGGCCGGGAGACGACCCUUGACCUUUGCCCUCCAGGCCCUCAUGGCCCUCUUCGACUGGGCGGAGGUCCCGAAGCGCCUGAGCCUGGACAGCUCCUCCUCCUUGGAGUCUUUGGCCUCCUCCUCGGCCCCGCCCCCUCUGCCCUUGGCCCCGCCCCUCUGUCCGAGCGGUCAUCUCGGCCCCUCCUCGGACGCCCUGUCCCUCUACAGCCUCAGCUCCGUCGCUUCGUCUGCCCGGAGGGCCAAAGACGAGGACGAAGACGAGGACGAGGAGGAGGAGGAGGAGGAGGAGGACCACUACGGCGGCUUCUCCAUCGUGUCCAGCGAGGCCGUGACCUUCUCCCCCGGCCCCAACUCCCCCUUCCAGGCGGUCAAGAAGGCCCUCGAAACCGGCGGGUCCGCGGAGCGGCGAUUGUCCGAAGGAAGCGCCUUCCGACGCCCGGCUUCUACUUUGACCCCCGAGAGGGGCGUCCAGGCACUGCUCAACCUCUCCCCCCGCCACGGGGCUGACCGCUUGACCGCCGCCUUGCCGUCCAUCCGGCCCAAUGGGCGCAACAGCCGUUUCCUGCCCCCCUCUGGGCGCCUCUUCCCGUCUCCCAAGUGCUGAACCAGCGCACGUGGACUGGGCGGCCUCUGGGAUUCCGGAACACGCCAACCGGCGUUGAGGGGUCGGGUUAUUCGGACCCUCAGGAGGGUCAAGGGGAUUAUUCGGACCCUAGUGGACGUUGCCCUCAAGAGGUCUUCACUGAAGAUCAAAGGGUCAGACAUUUGGGUCUUAUGGUCAACUGCUUAUGUGGUCGUGUUACGGGGUCUUAUGGUUAAGAAGUCAAACAAUUGGGUCUUAGGGUCAUCUCUAUGGAUUAUUCGGACCCUGGUGGACAUUACGGUCAAGAGGUCAUUUCAAUGGGUCAUCUCUAUGGAUUAAUCGGAACCUGAUGGACAUUACGGUCAAGAGGUCUUCACUGAAGAUCAAAGGGUCAGACAUUUGGGUCUUAUGGUCAACUGCUUAUGUGGUCGUGUUACGGGGUCUUAUGGUUAAGAAGUCAAACAAUUGGGUCUUAGGGUCAUCUCUAUGGAUUAUUCGGACCCUGGUGGACAUUACGGUCAAGAGGUCAUUUCAAUGGGUCAUCUCUAUGGAUUAAUCGGAACCUGAUGGACAUUACAGUCAAGAGGUCAAUCAAUGGGUCAAUGGGUCAUCUUUAUGGAUUAUUCAGACCCCAAUGGACAUUAUGGUCAAGAGGUCAUUUCAAUGGGUCAACAAUAUGGAUAGUUUGGAUGGUCAAGAGGUCAUUUCAAUGGGUUAAUGGGUCAUCUUUAUGGAUUAUUCAGACCCCGAUGGACAUUAUGGUCAAGAGGUCAUUUCAAUGGGUCAAUGGGUCAUCUUUAUGGAUUAUUCAGACCCUGAUGGACAUUAUGGUCAAGAGGUCAUUUCAAUGGGUCAACACUAUGGAUAGUUUGGAUGUUCAAGAGGUCAUUUCAAUGGGUCAAUGGGUCAUCUUUAUGGAUUAUUCAGACCCCGAUGGACAUUAUGGUCAAGAGGUCAUUUCAAUGUGUCAACAAUAUGGAUAGUUUGGAUGGUCAAGAGGUCAUUUCAAUGGGUUAAUGGGUCAUCUUUAUGGAUUAUUCAGACCCCAAUGGACAUUAUGGUCAAGAGGUCAUUUCAAUGGGUCAUCUCUAUGGAUUAAUCGGAACCUGAUGGACAUUACAGUCAAGAGGUCAAUCAAUGGGUUAAUGGGUCAUCUUUAUGGAUUAUUCAGACCCCGAUGGACAUUAUGGUCAAGAGGUCAUUUCAAUGGGUCAACAAUAUGGAUAGUUUGGAUGGUCAAGAGGUCAUUUCAAUGGGUCAUCUUUAUGGAUUAUUCAGACCCUGAUGGACAUUAUGGUCAAGAGGUCAUUUCAAUGGGUCAACACUAUGGAUAGUUUGGAUGUUCAAGAGGUCAUUUCAAUGGGUUAAUGGGUCAUCUCUAUGGAUUAUUCAGACCCCAAUGGACAUUAUGGUCAAGAGGUCAUUUCAAUGGGUCAACACUAUGGAUAGUUUGGAUGUUCAAGAGGUCAUUUCAAUGGGUUAAUGGGUCAUCUUUAUGGAUUAUUCAGACCCCGAUGGACAUUAUGGUCAAGAGGUCAUUUCAAUGGGUCAAUGGGUCAUCUUUAUGGAUUAUUCAGACCCCGAUGGACAUUAUGGUCAAGAGGUCAUUUCAAUGUGUCAACAAUAUGGAUAGUUUGGAUGGUCAAGAGGUCAUUUCAAUG